AUGGAUCUCUCUCCUGUUACGGAAGCUUUGUCCGUUAAAUCCUUCGACAAAAUCGCCGACAUUUGCGAUGAUCUUAUGCUUAAGGUUUCAAGCGAAGGAAUUUCUUUCCAUGAUGAUUGGCCUUACGCGAUUCAUCUUCUGGGUUACUUUUACAUCAACGAUUGCGAUAGCGCCCGUUUCCUCUGGAAGACGAUUCCUGCAGCUAUUAAGGAGAGCAAGCCUGAAGUUGUUGCAGCUUGGAGGAUUGGUCAGAAGCUGUGGACACGUGACUAUCCAGGUGUAUAUGGAGCUAUUCGGGGUUACGACUGGAGCCAAGAAGCCAAAGAUAUGGUCGCUGCUUUCUCAGAUCUUUACACAAAAAGGAUGUUUCAGCUUUUGUUGUCUGCAUACUCCACAAUUACCAUCCAUGAUCUAGCUCUUUUCCUAGGGAUGACGGAAGAUGCUGCCACAACUUAUGUUGUAGAGAAUGGAUGGACAGUGGAUGCAACUUCUCAAAUGGUGACUGUUAAGAAGCAAGCUGUUAAAAGAGAGCAAAAGCUGGAUUCAUCAAAGCUCCAACGUUUGACAGAGUAUGUGUUCCACCUUGAACAUUAA